CAUAACAAAUACCUUUUUUUUGAAACAACUGUUGAUGCCAACAGCUAGUGACGUGAAUUGAGCUGAACUGGCCACUCUUCCUGCUGAGUUCCGUUUGUUUAAGCUGCUGUCAAAUUCCAAAAAAUGAAUGACAUGGAAAUGAGGCGUGCCCAGGCGCACCUGUAUGAGAGGGUGGUUCGAGGGGAUGAUGACAUUGAACUAUUGUUCCAGAAAUACAAAGGGAUCCUAGACACGGACAUUAUUGUAUGUUCAAAUUUUACCUGUAACUGUGGCCGGAACUUCUUUGAGAGCCAUCCUUUAAAUCAUGGGAAUGCCUUGGAAGAAGGUUUAGAUAUUGUGUUGGACUUCAUUACACGAGGAAGUUGUUCCUGUGGAGCAGAAAUUCCAAGCCACUUUAAAAAUCACUUUUCCUCCCUGCGGUUAGUCCAUGCUGCCGCUGGGUUUGGGCACACAAAAAUUCUCUCAUUGUUGAACAAAUAUGGCUGCAACAUGAAUGCUACAACAGAAUUAUGUCAUAGAACUCCUCUUUCGUAUGCAGUGCGGUCUCGGCAAUUAUGUGUCAUAGACUACUUGGUUGGUUUAGGACUUGAUGUUAAUAUUCCAUUUAUUACAGACAAUACCAGUCCAAUUCAUGAGGCCAUACAGUUACGUUAUGUGGAUGUUUUAAAAAAACUAUUAACAGCCAAAACUAUUAAGAUAAACCAAAAAAAUGCUAAGGAUGAGUCCCCUCUUAUUCUAGCUGCCAAGUUUCACUUACAUGAGGCAUUCCUUGUUCUGCUUGAAGCAGGGGCCGAUUGUAACAUCCAGGACAGGAAAGGUAAUACUGCUCUGAUGAUGGGUGUGGUCCGUGGUAUGGAGUAUGUCAAACCACUGAUAGAGAAAGGGGCUAAAAUUAAUAUAUUAAACCACAGGGAUCAGGCUGCCCUAUCAUUUGCCCUACACCUGGAGAACACAGAAAUGGUCUCAUACCUGCUUGAGAAUGGAGCUGACCCUAACGUUAUGUCAAGUGAUGGGACUCCACCUAUAGUGUUUGCCAGCAUUACAGGUGCUUAUGAUAUCACCCAGAAGCUGGUUAAACAUGGAGCUAAUGUGACAUCUAAAAACGUACAAGGCUAUACUGCCCUGCAUGUGGCUGCUUGGAAUGGUUACUGCAACAUUGUACAGCUACUACUGGACUCUGGAUUGAGUCAUGAUACACGUACUGAAGAUGGAAAUACCCCGUUAUCAUUGGCUGCCCAUGGAAACCAUACUACUGUGAUUGAUAUGUUGCUUCCUCUGGGUUGUAAUGUCAACAAUGCAGACAAGGACGAUGACACCCCACUUCUUUAUGCUUCAUUUAACAAAAAUCUGGAAAUGGUGACCAAAUUAGUCAAUGCUGGUGCCAACCCAGAUUGUAAGAACAAGCAUAACACCACACCUCUGUGGAACGCUGUGUACAAAAAUGAUCUGAGAACAAUCAAAUAUUUAAUUGUUAAGAAUGUUGAGCUGGAGGUGGUCUCUUGUGGAAUUGAUCAGCAUGCCCAGUCUGAUGUGGCUACCUUGAUUUACCCAGAACCACGCUCUGUGAUAUAUGUGGCCGCUCACCAGACUAACAUUGAUGUAUUGAUGACUCUAACUCUGGCUGGGUACAAUAUCUACAGGGAGAGCUGGAUCAUGGCUCGAGAAUUCCCUGCCAACAGUCCCAUCUUGCACAGACAACAGCAAAUGUUUCUGAAUAAUUUUGCCACCUCACCUCCCAGCCUCUUGGCCAUCUGUAGGAAUUUUUUCAGAAGAAGAUUUAGAAGGAAUGUUAUUGCCUGUGUUAAUUCACUUGAUAUUCCACAGGACCUUAAGGACAAUCUGACCUUGAAAUAUUUCAUUUCUGAAGAAUUCUUUAAAAUGUAGAGAUCCUUUUCGUUUUGGAAGAGA